AUGGAGCCUUUAAUUUCCACUGCUAUCGAUAAUUUGUUAUCCGCAAAUGCUACAGUUACAACAGACUUCAUAAAAGUUCAACUUGAGAUUAUUUACCAUCAAACGAUUAAAUUUGGGCUUACAAAUUUGGAACUACGAAAUAUUAUACACUUUAUUACGACAACCCAACUUAUAACUGAUGAGACAAAACUAUACAUUAUUCAUAACUGCCUAUAUCCAUGUGAAGUUAUUGGAAAGGAAGUGGUGAUGGAAAUUUUAAGUAAACUUGGGACAACAACUAUCUAUUCGCCAUAUGAACUUACUACACCAAAAACUGUACAGACGGCGCUAUGUGAAUGGCUAGUUAAUGCAUUCUUCCUGGUGGAUAUUGAACAGAUACGAGAAUUUGACUCGUUUUGGAUUCAUUUAUGGAAAUAUAGCUAUUUGCAGAAGUGGUUAACUUAUAUCAUUGUUUGGACAGCAAACCCCCAUAAUGUCAAACAGUGGAAGAUAAGGAUGAUUCACAAUAUAGCGAUCAAUUUGGGAUAUUCGGAAUCAUCCGGUUAUGCCGUUAUAAUUUUGAAGAAAUAUCAGCAAAUAUGUGGAUACUCUGCAGAAAUAAAUGAUAUACUGCCAACAUUAAGAUUUCCUUACAGAAGGAUAAUAAAAGUUCAGAAUAUUAAACUACGCAACAGAUUUUUCAAAAAUACCUCUGAUAUUUUGAUUACAUCGACUCCCGAUACAUUUAAUAUGGAAAAACUUGAAAAUAGAAUGCAAAUGCUAAUUAAUUCAUUGUUAAUCGACGAAAUAAAGAGUUCACAAGGUGUUAAACCUAGCAUAAUAGAUAAAAAUAUUGAUAUAGAGUUGCUAAUCCCUAAAAAUUCAACACAAUUAAUAGAUCGAUGGAAUCUUAUGCAACCUUCAGAUAUUGUCAUUAGUUCUGAGUUAUUCCAUCCAAACAAUAAGAUAAACUACUACAUAUUGGCUUUUAUUUCUACAAAAAGGAGCCCGCAAUUUGUGGAAGAUUAUAUUACAGACUAUUUUAUGAGACACCUGUCUGAUAAUGAGGAUAACUUCGGAAAUGCAUACAAAUCCUUUUUGGCCUUUGUCAAACUAUUAUUAUUAAUAUACCCAAACAUAUCACUUUCACUCACUAAGACUAUAGGAAAUGGAACACAAUAUGAUGUAAAAAAAUCUGUGCUUAUGGGGGUUUUACCUGCAAUUUUACCGAAAUCUAAAAUCAAUAUAGAAUGCAUACAAAAAUGUAUUUUUAAUAUUAUCAGUUCAAAUUUUAAUACACAGAACUUACUUUCACAGAAGAGUCUCAAUUUAUCUGUGGUGACCACACGCUUAUAUUUUGACUUAUACUUCCUUAUUUUUCUGAAUAGUGAGUUGGCUGCUGAUUUAAGCUCACUAUUUCAUAGGGCAGGGACCCUUGGAUUCAGAAGAACCAUUGAAACGACAUAUAAUUUUGGUGAUAUAUCAAGUUCUGUUUACUAUUUGAAUCUCGUAACAUCUAUAAUAGAUUCUAAUGAGUUAUACAAAAGUGUCCCGGGUUUGAUAAUAAAGCCAAACAUAUUAAAAUCUUUGAUCAUGGUUUUUGAUCCUUUGCUACUCAAUUCAUGCUGUAAAUAUCUCACACAAUCAAAGGGGGCUCUAUCAGUAAAUAUUCAGGAUAAAGACUUGAUAAGAUGCCAUAAUCAACUCCUUUUAGACACGACGAACUAUUUGUGGAGAAAUAAAAUUUUAAGUUCCAGAUCACUAUUCGAUAUAUCAACUAAAUUUAUCAAACAAGUGGUGGAUAAUUUAUAUUUACCUGAUUGCGAUAAAAAAGACAAAAAUGUUUUUGGACUACCAGGAGUACCUACUACAGGUUUUGUGUUUUUGCAGGCAGUCCGUCGCUUAGAGGGCACGCAUGGCGCUCGUUCUCAUUACAAUACUGACUACACUUCGAGUGGAUUCAAGAAAUUCAAAUCAAAUCAGGAAGAAAAAGGAGAUUGGCUGCAUGAUAUUGAGGAUUUUGACGAGUUCAGAAGAGUCGUUUUGAAGGAAUUUACCUCGAUUGAUUGUGUUAAAGAAAUUGCUGUAUUUUUAUAUACCUUUUUAAAAAGCCUAACCUCAAAUCUGUAG